CCCGAUCGCGAUGAACUUGUUCAAUCUCAACUUGCUUCAAGUUCAAGUAGCAUUUAUAAUACUUAGCAUCUUCCAUCAUUCAAUCUAGUUCAUAAAUAUUCUGCUCUCGCGACCAAACAUACUGGCGUUCGGGUAGGGAAGUUCUAAGAUUUACGUUCAGCCUCUAGUUACGUUGUUGGAUCCAGACAGUCCCUUUCUCACCUUGCUAGAUAUCCGGCUACCGACGCUCAAACUAGGCCUACGACAUCGGUCGAUACAGUUUCCAUUACCAGUAUUAACAUGGAUACCGAUGACAAGCACACAUUGAUCAUGACGAAGGAAGUUUUCCGCAAGAUCUUGGUCGAAAGCCCCCGUGAUGUUUCCCGGCUCGUCAGGGAUGCUCAUAUGACGAUCGGGCACGAAAGUCUCUGGUGCAUGGCAGAUCUUGGUCAAUUCUUGAAUGCGAAACCUCCCAUGGUUGCACAGCUAAAUGUGCUCUGCACAACAUCCCUGCCACUAGAGUUACUCAACAUACUUUCUGACGAUCAUUUGUAUGUCACCUCUUUGUCUGAGGCCACUGCGGAAGAGAUCCUUGAUCACUAUAGUUACUCUAUGGUUGUGCUGUCCUGCUUGGUUAUGCUCGUAGCUUAUAUGAGAGAUGACAUCGAAAUCGGCCCACAUAGUGUAGCUUGCACGACACAAAUAACCACUCUUUUAGACAGACUUCCUCGGUAUUUUGAGGUUGUAUAUAGCCUCCUCCUCAAUCCAGCCUUCCGAGCCAAGGCUAACGCAAGCAGGGAUUCCAAUGCAGUCUUUCUUCAAGAGCUCGUCCAACUGGCUUCGCACAUGAUUUAUUUGAGCAGCAUAAUGAGAAAACCCCGACCCCCUUCGCGCCACUUGGGAGUUGUUUUGUUGUUCUGUUGGAAAGGAAUCAGGGAACCCGAGACCCACAACGCAUGCAUUCCAAUGCUCUUCCGGCUAACAGAUGGCGACCAUGCCGAAUACGCGUUGAUACUCGAGGAUGCGCUGUCAUGUGUGUCUCAGUUCGACGAGAUGCUGGACGACGUAUUGCGAGCUCUUCGUAGUCGAAAAACACCGGCCUCUGCCAUUUCUGCUCUUCUGGUGUUCGAAAAGGCCAUGUUCUUAUCUCCAAGAACUUUGGAGCGCACCUUGGCCCUCGAUAGUCGACUAGGCACACUCCUUCGCUCGCACACUAUACUCCAUCGGCGGAUGCACUGUUAUUCCAUGAAUUACCCCGACGUCUUUGCUGCACGGCAUCUUAGUUACAGUGUCCUUAGUCUGACGUUCCAGUUCAUCCGGCCAACGAAUACGAAGAAGGAACAUCUUCUUAAAAAUCCUGGAUUCCUGCGUGUCCUUGCGUGCGACAUUAAACAAGCCGUUUCUGAACGAUGGGACGUGAUAGUAGACAGGAUCACAUCCAUUAUUUCGGUAUAUAGGACGAUAUGUAGCAGGGCGAACAAUGCCUACAGAAUGCAUCUCUGCGCCCUUGUUGGUCCUAGUGUCACUGGACUAAUCGCGUAUCUACGCGAGCAAAUGUUCAGGGUCACGGACCAUAAAAAAUUAGCCCAAACAGCGUUGGCGUGCUGGGUCAGCCUGGGGGAGACUCUCGGGAUAACUUCAAUGCCUAUUGAUCCUCCGAGCUCGAACUAUCGGCCAUUAUUGUGGAAAUCAUGUCAUAAUCUAAACUGCAUUUGCCACGACGUGAAAGCUUGCCAUCCUUUGAAGAUCUGUAAAGGUUGUUGGCAGGUAUAUUAUUGCUCGGAGAAGUGCCAGAAAUUGGAUUGGAAGCAAAGACACAGAGCCACAUGUCGCUCUUGAAUAUGGCCAAGGUAUACCUGUUCUAAUACUCUAUGGAUGCCAUAUCUUGCUAUCAAUUUCACCUCUUUUUCCCUCUCGCAAAUUCACUAUCUUUCCAAUGACAGAAUAUGGCAUUGACCGUUAUUUCUGAUACGAAAGUGUACUGAAGACUUUGUUACGAUGCGAUACGAAUUAUAGUGCUAUCAGGCAGCUUUUUGCAAUGAUGUAUACUCUUUGAAAACUUAUAUGAAUGAUCAUCCUUCUUGUCCUACGCC